CCAUCACAGAAACAACCCCUCCCGACGAGAGCAAACAAUCGAGAGCUAAGAUGCAGAUCUUCGUGAAGACACUGACGGGGAAGACGAUCACGCUCGAGGUUGAGAGCAGCGACACCAUCGACAACGUCAAGGCCAAGAUCCAUGACAAGGAAGGUAUCCCCCCGGACCAGCAGCGUCUCAUCUUUGCGGGGAAGCAGCUGGAGGAUGGCCGCACCCUGGCCGACUACAACAUCCAGAAGGAGUCCACGCUUCACCUAGUACUGCGCCUCCGUGGCGGCAGCAGAGGCCAGUACCCCAAGAACCUCGAGCCCAAUCUCCGCAUCCUUGCUCAGAAAUACAAUGAGAACAAGAUGGUCUGCCGCAAGUGCUAUGCACGCCUCCCCCUCAGAGCGACCCACUGCCGCAAGAAGAAGUGUGGCCACAGCAACCAGCUGAGGGAAAAGAAGAGGUUUAUGUCCAAGUUUGGGUCGGACAGCUGAAUCAACUUUCGUGGCAAGCAUCAUAUCAGAGUACUUAUCAUCAGAGUUUAAGCAGUCGUGUCCUAGCUAGCUAGUUAAUUUACCUUUUCAAAUACUAGUGGUUUAUGCAUAGAUGUGGCGUGGUUAUGAAAUGGUGGUGCAAGUCCCCUACCCAGUAUUGUACAUUGAACCUUUUCAUCGAUGAAGAAAAGAUAAUAAUGCUAACGAAAUCUUCUUUA